AUGGACCGCAGCCGGCUCGCAGUGGAACUCGCUUGGUUGCUGGAUCGUUUCCCUUACUUGGCAGCCCCUCCUCACGUUAGGGAUCCCCGCUCUCGUCACCUCUACCUACCCCUCUCUAAUGGUGGCACGGACUGUACGCCGAGUAAUAAGUUUAUUCUUCUCAAUGCCCGUUCCAUAACAAACAAAAUUCCUGACCUUAACUACCUUUUGGCCCAAGGACCACAUGCAGUCUUUAUCACCGAAUCUUGGUGCAAGCCAAACACAAUUCAUGACGCCAUUUUAAGUUAUGGUAAUAAAUACCUCGUGUACCGCUGCGACAGGGACGGCGAUAGGAUAGGCGGCGGUGUAGCUGUUUUAAUACGUAAGGAAAUUGAUCAACAUCUGAUAUCAGCAAGAAAUUUUUCUGAAUUUUGUCAGGCAGUUGCCGUCUACAUCAAUCUGAAAGGUAGUGAAAUUGUUACUGUCACAGUCUAUAGAAGCCCCUCGACCACAACUACCGCCUUUGCAGGUCUUCUUGAGUAUCUCGAGGAACUAUGUCUCGAGAGGCCUCAGAAACUUCUUAUCGUCGGUGACUUCAAUUUCCCAUUGAUAGAUUGGGAACGUCUGAUCCACCGUGGAGGUCUAUCGUCAUCCUCAUCAUCAGCCUUUAUUGACCUUAUCCUUUCCCAUUGCUUGACUCAGUUAGUCAGGAAACCCACCCACGGUUUGAACACACUCGAUCUAGUUAUCACACCUGAUCCAGCAAUGAUUGACGAUCUCGCCAUCCUCCCCCCCCCCACUUCAGCACCUCUGAUCACUGUUGCGUGGCAUGGAAAUUCAAGAACGUGGCUACUUUUUUCCCGAACUGGAUGCUGGUUUACCGCCAUCCAAGCGACAAGAAGCUACCGAGAAAGCGAUGCUUUGGAUGUUGAGGCACGCCCGGCCGAAGUCUAUAGGCUUAGUAGACGUGAAGAGGGUAAAUGUCGUCUCAUCAAAUGCGUCUUUUCUUCCCGUAAGUUCUUCUUCGAUGCUCUUAAGAAUGCGAAGCUUUUGAAGAAUUCUGAAAUUUUUAAAAAUGUUUUCAUUCGUCGUUCCAUGACCCCUGCUGAACUUGAGAAGGGAAAACAGCUCAGAGCAAGAGCUAAUGAGUUGAACCAAUCGGUUCAGGGCGGAGAAAAGGUCUAUGUUGUAUUCAGGCAGCAAGUGGUCAAACGGUCGGAUAUACCUAGUAUUCUAAGGCAGAGCCCAAAAAACUCAAAAAACUGA